GGGCACCAGUCUGCCUUUAUUCCUUGAGAGAAAUCGAAACCCUAAAUAGAGAUUCAUCCUUUUCUUUCUACAACCUCCGCCUCCGCAGCCAUGACUAAGCGUACUAAGAAGGCCGGAAUCGUUGGCAAAUACGGAACAAGAUAUGGUGCCAGUCUGCGAAAGCAGAUCAAGAAGAUGGAAAUCAGUCAGCAUUCCAAGUAUUUCUGUGAAUUCUGUGGAAAGUAUGCCGUGAAGAGGAAGGCCGUUGGAAUUUGGGGAUGCAAAGACUGUGGCAAAGUGAAAGCUGGUGGUGCCUACACAUUGAACACCGCUAGUGCGGUCACUGUGAGAAGUACCAUCAGAAGGUUGAGGGAGCAGACAGAGAAUUAGAGCUCAGCAGUCAGCUUCUUUUUGUUCUUGAAGAGUAGCUGUUUAUCUAUCUAUACAGUACAAGGUUUCUUAUUUUGUUUUGAUAAUAGUAGCUUGACAUGGUUAUCCUACAUUUUGCAAUUUAGGUGAUUUAUCUCUUUCUAGAUGUAGUCAUGUUUAAAUUGCUGAAGAAGAUGACAUAUAUGGUUACUUUUAUGAGAUUUUGAACACUUGUGUCAGCUUUUCUGCACAUAUUUGUCCCUCGUACAUGCUUUAAGAUUUUCCUUUUCAUUGUUUUCGA